CCGCUGCCGUAGGUAUGAAACCACUGCUGGAAGAGACACAUGGAAUGAUGUCGAGCAGCAAAACGACUCUUGCUUUCCUCAUCUACGGGCUCCUCGUACAAUGCAACGUGUUGAGUUACCCCAACAUCAGAAUGGAGACUGCAGGAUUUGACGAGGAGGGAAACUCAUUAACGGAUCUAACCUUUGACACUGACCAGAUCACUAUUCGAAGCUCUCCUUCAGUUACUGAAGACGCAUACACAUUAUACAGUCCUCCAUCGAAAAGAUUGGAAAGGCAUGCUGACGGGAUGUUUAAUAAAGCCUACCGGAAAGCGCUCGGUCAGUUAUCAGCACGGAAAUACCUGCAUACACUGAUGGCAAAACGCGUGGGCGGAGGAAGCACGAUAGAGGACGACAAUGAGCCGCUCUCAAAGCGUCACUCGGACGGGGUUUUCACGGACAGCUACAGUCGCUACCGGAUGCAAAUGGCCGUACAGAAAUAUCUUGCCACGGUCCUUGGCAAAAGCCCUGAAGACUUAGAUUUGCACCAAUUUCUACAAGACGUAGACUUUGGUGUGCUCCCGGAUGGGGAUGGGAUUGAGGCAUUUUUGUUGGAUUGGCUGAGACAGUUCCCUCCUGAAUUCCCGGCUUUGUGACACAGGAGGCAGCUAGCGGCUUGGGUGCCUUUGCUUCAUCUUUAAAAUGGCCACCAAUUUCACAUGGCACAUUAGUGGCCCUCCAAAUGCUGC